UGAAUGGAAACCAAUCAGAUAGAGAGCCCCCUCGGCUCGGGCUGCCUGCAUGCGGGAGUUAAAAAGUGCUGCCGGUCGAGCGGCAGCCCCAGUGAGCGGCGGGGAGGCUGAGAGCGGGCAGCAGGGGCCGGGAGCCGUCGCCACCCAUCCCAGCUCGGCCCUGCGAGCCGAGAUUCUCUGAGACUGCAAAGACUACUUAAAGAACGAAGACGGCAUGAGAUUGGAUUUGAUGCACUAAAAUAGGUUAGCUUGAGGACAAGAAAAACAGUUGCUAUUUAGAUCUUCUCUUGUUGCCGUGAUGAGAACUUACCAUUGCUUCUGGUUGCUGUUUUGGGCUGGCCAGCCCCACCAAAGUUUCUUAACUUUGCUGUCCAAAAGGACUAGUGGCUUUCCAGAAAAGGAAAAGGUUUUGGUAUUGUCUGGAAACAGCAGGAGAGACCUCAGUCGUUCCAAACGGAGUUGGAUGUGGAAUCAGUUCUUUUUAUUGGAGGAAUAUACAGGAACUGACUAUCAAUAUGUUGGCAAGCUGCAUUCAGACCAGGAUAAAGGAGAUGGAUCACUUAAGUACAUCCUUUCUGGAGAUGGAGCAGGAGACCUUUUCAUUAUCAAUGAAAACACUGGUGACAUCCAAGCCACAAAGAGACUAGACAGAGAAGAAAAGCCUGUAUACAUACUUCGUGCCCAGGCUAUAAAUCGAAGAACUGGAAGACCAGUGGAACCGGAAUCUGAGUUCAUCAUCAAGAUCCAUGAUAUCAACGACAAUGAGCCAAUGUUUACAAAAGACGUUUACAAUGCCAGCAUUCCAGAAAUGUCAGAUGUUGGUACCUUUGUUGUACAAGUCACUGCAACUGAUGCUGAUGAUCCUACAUAUGGGAACAGCGCUAAAGUUGUCUACAGCAUUCUCCAGGGACAACCAUAUUUCUCCGUAGAAUCCGAGACAGGUAUUAUUAAAACUGCUUUACUAAACAUGGAUCGUGAAAACAGGGAGCAAUAUCAAGUGGUCAUCCAGGCUAAGGACAUGGGAGGCCAGAUGGGUGGAUUAUCAGGAACCACCACUGUGAACAUCACGCUGACCGACGUAAAUGACAAUCCUCCUCGGUUCCCCCAGAGCACCUACCAAUUCAGAGCUCCUGAGUCUACGCCACCUGACUCACCAAUUGGCAGGAUUAAAGCUAAUGAUGCAGAUGUGGAUGAAAACGCAGAGAUUGAAUACAGCAUCACUGAGGGGGAUGGAUAUGACAUGUUUGGAAUUACCACAGACAAGGACACACAGGAAGGAAUUAUAACUGUCAAAAAGGCACUGGAUUUUGAAAAUAAAAACUUGUAUAUUCUGAAGGUGGAAGCCACCAAUACUCACGUGGACCCUCGAUUCCUCUACUUGGGGCCAUUCAAGGAUUCAGCCACAAUCAGAAUUCAAGUGGAAGAUGUAGAUGAACCCCCUGUGUUCAGCAGACCAGCAUAUAUAAUUGAAGUGAAAGAAGAUGUUCCAAUAAACAGUGUAAUAGGAACAGUAACAGCGCAGGAUCCAGAUGCUGCCAAGAACCCUGUCAAGUAUUCUGUAGAUCGACACACUGAUAUGGACAGAGUAUUCAACAUCAACUCAGGAAAUGGUUCAAUAUUUACUUCAAAAACUCUUGACCGGGAAACAUUGCUAUGGCACAACAUUACAGUAAUAGCAGCAGAGAUCAACAACCCAAAACAAAGCAGCCGUGUCCCAGUGUUCAUUAAGGUUUUGGAUGUAAAUGACAACGCUCCAGAGUUUGCCAUGUUUUAUGAGACCUUUGUCUGUGAAAAUGCAAAGGCAGAACAGCUGAUACAAACAUUGAGUGCAGUAGAUAAAGAUGACUCUUACAGUGGACACCAGUUUUCAUUCUCCAUAGCUCCAGAGGCAGCCAGCAGCUCAAACUUUACACUCCAGGACAACAGAGACAACACAGCGGGGAUUUUCACCCGAAAAACCAGAUAUAACCGGCAUGAAAUGAGUACCUACCUUUUGCCAGUAGUAAUAUCAGACAAUGACUACCCUAUCCAGAGCAGCACUGAAACGGUGACUAUUCGGGUAUGCGCUUGCGACCAUCGAGGAAAGAUGCUGUCCUGUAAUGCAGAAGCCUUGAUUCAUCCUACUGGUCUUAGCACUGGGGCUCUUAUUGCCAUUCUUCUCUGUAUCAUUAUAUUACUUGUUACAGUGGUGUUGUUUGCAGCACUGAGACGGCAAAGGAAAAAAGAGCCUUUGAUUAUUUCCAAAGAAGACAUCAGAGACAACAUUGUCAGUUAUAAUGAUGAAGGUGGUGGAGAGGAAGACACCCAGGCAUUUGAUAUCGGCACGCUGAGGAAUCCCGAAGCCAUAGAUGAUAAUAAAUUACGCAGAGACAUUGUGCCAGAAACGCUUUUUAUGCCACGGCGGACUGCAACAGCCCGAGAUAACACGGAUGUCAGAGAUUUCAUUAACCAAAGGUUAAAGGAGAAUGAUACAGACCCAGCAGCCCCCCCGUAUGACUCGUUAGCGACCUACGCAUAUGAAGGUAAUGGUUCUGUGGCAGAGUCCCUCAGCUCCUUGGAGUCGGUGACCACAGAUGGAGACCAGGACUAUGAUUACCUCAGUGACUGGGGGCCGCGGUUUAAAAAGCUGGCAGAUAUGUAUGGCUCAAUGGACAGUGACAAAGACUCUUAAUAUGUUGCCUUUUUUUUCCCUCCCUCAUUUUCAGAAACAGCAUUGAGAUACGUGAAGUGGCUAUUUCUUUCUAUUUCUCCACAGCUCUGUGAAAGGGUUCUCUGUUCGAACGGUUCCAGUUGUCUAAUGACUGCAGUGUGGAUCAGCUGUCAGAAAACUUUUUCUAGUAUCAUUUUAUGAGCUUCCAAGAGGCAAAGUUCUUAUUUUUUAGGGCAUCCAAGUUUAUCAAGCUAACCUUACAGGCACAGCAGUGGUGGAGGGGAAAAAAAAAAAGAUCAGAUGGGGAGCAAUAUUUUUACUUGUUCUGCUUAUAUUGUAAAUUGGAGUAUAUUACUGUUUAAGCUCACUUGCUCUUUUUACUUGUAUUCAGAUUAUUCAGCUCAGAUGACUGCUCUGUUGAUUGUGUAUUGCACAUCCCAAUGUAAUGAGGUACCCUAGUUUAACCUAUGUAUUAUAGUCAAAAGUAGUGCUGAUGGAAUGAAGGUUUAUUAUACAAAGUAGAGUCAGCUGAGAAAAAACAUCCAACACAUUUUACUCAUGAGGAAGUUAGAGAGGCCUAAUGGUCAUUUAAAUCUAAGUGUUUUUUCAGAACCUGCCAUUGCCCCCAGUGCACUGAAUCGUAUUAACACACAUAUAUAUAGUUCAUUGACUGCUAUGUAUAUAUUCUUCUGACCUAGCAUUGCUGGAGAGAUGUGAGUGCAUGCAUGUGUGUGCGGUCAGUAGCCCCAGUAUCUUGUUCUUAGAUGGCUUCUAGGAACCUAGACUCCAUAUUAGACCAUGACUUGGAGGAAGGAACAGAAAGUAACUGUGCUUUUCUUUGUAUUUGCGAUGGCUUCCACAUGCACAUCAGUGGUGAAGGCCACUGUGCUGGGGAGGCAGGGCUCAGGCUUUUCUACUUCUGCCUGUUCCCAAGUGUAGGAGGGCUGUUGUAGCUCCAAGGUCAUUGCUGACUGUUGAGUCAAAAGAAGAAACUGCAAAGGAGAGAAGAGAAUUUCUAUGUCCUGAGCUCCCCUGGUGGCAGCCCAGGGUGGCUUCUCACUGACUCUGCCCAGUUUUUUGCUAUUUGUACAGUAGGGAAAUAAUGCCUACCUCAUCAGGAUGUUGCAAGAAUUAGAUAAGUCACUCAGAAAAUGCUUUACAGAUGGAAAAUGCUGGCACUCUGCCAGAGGAAGUAAUUUCUUAUGCUUUUUUUUGCAUUUUUUUUGCCUUCCCCCUUCAGAUUCAAGCCCUGAAUGCACAAAUAAGCAAAAAUCAAUUGUCAUUCUAGUGUACUGAAAAGCAGGGUAUAUAACUUUGGUGGGUUUUUUUUUCUUUUUCUUUUAAUAAACUACUCAGCCAGCGUUGUUAAAGACUUCACCAGAAGGUGACAUUUUAAUCACAAGUCUCUCAGUGGGUGUGCUUAUCUGCUUUGCCAAGCUAAGUAAUUUUUGUCCAGCGGUGGGAGCCGGGGGAGAUGUCAUAGUCUCAAGCCAGAACAAUUUCCUCUACAGCUUGUGUACCAUUUGCUCUUUCUUUUGGUUUGUCAAACCUGUACUAUGGCUGCUCUUUAUACCCAGUCAUCCAGGAGAGGCUAGAUGGAAAAAACCCAAAGGGGUAGCCAUCAGACAUAUCCAAUUCCAGGAGCUGAAAGCCCUCCUGGGUCCCAAAACAGGGACAUGGCCUAAAGCAGAGCGCUGAGGGAAGAUGGAUUUUCUUUUUUUUUUUUUUUUAAUAUACCUCAUAAAUAACUGAUCUCAUGUACUUAAUUUUGAAACAGUAUUUAAUAGUAGAAUUACAGGCAUGGAUCUAUUUCCUUUCUUCUCCCCCCUCAAAUCUUUAGUGAAUCAAUUUGAAAACUUAAACAGCUCCAAUUUACUCUAAAAAUAAAAGAUGAGGGAAAAAAGUUAAUAAACAGAAAAUUAAAAGGGAUUAAAAAUUAAUCCCUGGAAUUCAUUACUUUCAGAGAAAUAAAUAAAGAGAAUGGUAAGAUUCCAGAGUUUUAGACACAUCCAAGCACGAUGACAGAAGUUCUGAUUUUGUGGGCCCACUUGCAGCUCAGAGAAGUGAAUUGCUUUGCAGUGUCCAGCAGUGUUGGGAAGGGCAGCACAGUGGGAGGCACUACGUGUUUGCAGGUGUAGGGAAAGGCAGCUGGUGCUUUGUAGGUGACCACAUUGUAGAUCAGAUGGGUUUUCAGUGCAGAGGAGUGCAAGAUUUCAGAGGGAGCUGAGCCCCCAGCCUGCCUUGGGUUAGAUGCUCCAAUGCAUGGUGGGGCUGAGCCCAAACGAUGACAGUGACACAGCUAGGCCCUUCUCCUGUUUUCCUGUUCUCCUCAGUUCUCCUCCACAAUUUGUGAUUAUGAAAGCCUUUGAAAGCCUGUCCCUUUGUGGCCUCCUGGAAAUCAGAGCAUCCUGUAGGCAACCUGCCCAAAACCUGGUUCUGGCACAGGAGAAGAACCACCUGAUUCCUCAAUGGCUUUCAGACACGUGGGAGGAGAAGCAGGAGCUCAGCAGCACCUGCCACAGGCUCCUCAGUACGAGCCACUCUCCUCAUACAGCUGCUGCAGAUGCUGCACCCUUCAGGGGACCAUUUUGCCACAGACCUGCUCCUUGCCCACCUCUGCAUGGGGCUGCCUGCAGCAAAUCACACGCUCAGAGUAGAGCUGGAUGCUGAGAGCCAGUCAGUGAAUCCUAACCCUCAGACCAUUGGGGACAGCAAAGAUGGCUGCCAAGCCUUACAGGCUUGCAGGUUCACAGGCAUUUGGCCCCACUAACCACCCUCUACUCACUGUUUAGGGUGGACUGCUGUCACAUGUCCGCAGCUGGGACAGGAGUGGUCCCCUAUGAUUACUGCCUGCGUUAGUUCUUGAGGGAGCUAACACAAUAGGGGGAACCACGCACCUCCACCAAGUCAGUACAGUGACUUGGUCUGAUCUGGUGAUUUGUUUUUUUUUUCCUCUCCUCUUUUUUUUUUUUUUUUUCUAUUCCCUUUUCCUGAU